GUUCUAGUGGUGCUGCUGCUGCUUCAGAGCCCUCAGCUCGACUACAAGACAUAAAGAUUGAAAGUCUACCAGACACUAAAGCCAUUAAACAGAAAGAGGAGGUCUAUAGUGAGAAGACAGUGCCUAAGGAAGCCUGGACAGAAGAACAAGAAUCCUUGCAGAUAGAUAUUGCAGAGUCCAGACGUCAUUCAGAAUUUGAAAAUACUACCCACUCUGUCUUCAGGUCAGCCAAAUUUUACUUUCAUCAUCCAGUGCACCUACCAAGUGAUCAAGAUGUUUGCCAUGAAUCCUUAGGGAGGAGUGUUUUCAUGAGACAUUCUUGGAAAGAUUUCUUUCAGCAUCAUCCAGACAAACGAAGAGAACACACUUGUCUUCCUUCCCCUCAUGAAAAUGGGGAAAAGACCAAGGCAGAUUAUACCAGAAUAGAGAGCCUCAGUAUCAACCUAAACUUGGAAAACAAAGAAGUGACGCAUCCAGCUAAAAGUCAGGCUAGAGAUUAUCCAAAAAGUGACAAACAAAUGAAUGAUCCAAAAAGGGAUCAUAAGUUCACCCCAGACCUAACAACUCAGCACACUGUGAGUUUGAAUGAACUCUGGAAUAAGUAUCAGGAGCGACAGAAACAAAAGAAACCUCCCGAGUUCAGUGACAGAAAAGAACUGUCCUUGGUGGAGCGACUUGAUCGUUUGGCUAAACUUCUUCAGAAUCCCAUCACAUAUUCCCUCUGGACCUCUGAAAGCACACAAGACGAUAGCAGAGGGGAACGGGAUAUUAAGCAACAGCAGAAAAUCAAGCUUCAGAAAAAGAAGCGGCAUAAGGGCCUCGAGAAAUGCCAUAAAAACACAGGAGAUCUUAAAAAAAGCAAGGCGCUUUCUACCCAUCAAGCUGAGAAGCCCAAUCAGAUUAAAAUUGAACAGAUUAAAUUUGAUAAGUAUAUCCUGAGAAAACAGCCAGAUUUUCGUUACGUAAACAACACUUCCUCAGAUUCUAGACCCUCUGAGGAAAGUGAGCUGCUCACAGACACUGCCACCAACAUCCUUUCCACCACCAAUUCUCCUGUGGAAUCUGAUAUCUUGACCCAAACAGAUAAAGAGGUGACUUUGCAGGAGAGGAGCAGCUCUGUUUCCACCAUUGACACUGCCCGACUGAUCCAAGCUUUUGGCCAUGAGAGAGUUUGCCUGUCACCCAGACGCAUUAAAUUAUACAGCAGCAUUACUGACCACCAGCGGAGAUACCUUGAGAGGCGGAGCAAGAAGAAUAAGAAAGCAUUGAAUACAGGUCAUCCCCAAAUGACUUCUGAGCACACCAGAAGGAAACACAUCCAGGUGGCAGAUCAUGUGAUCUCUUCUGAUUCUAUUUCGUCGUCUACCAGUAGUUUCUGGAGCCCAAGUCCCACCCUUUGCAACAAGCAAAAUGUACAUAUGUUAAACAAGGGCGUACAAGCAGGUAACUUGGAGAUCGUAAAUGGUGUCAAAAAACACACCCGAGAUGUUGGGAUGACUUUCCCAACUCCAAGCUCUAGCGAGGCUAGAGUAGAAGAAUACAGCGAUGUGACUUCUUGGUCAGAAGAAAAACUAGAAGAGAAAAAUCUUCUCACCAGCUAUCGUGGGGACAAAAAGUUAAGGAAGAACAAGCAGAGUUGCAGUGAAGGAGUUUCAUGGUUUGUUCCUGUGGAAAAUGUGAAGUCUGGUCCUAAGAAGGAAAACCUGCCCAAGCUUCAUGGCCCUGGUAUUUGCUGGUUUGCGCCAAUAACCAACACCAAACCAUGGAGGGAGCCACUGCGGGAACAGAACUGGCAGGAACAGCACAUGGACAUCCAUGGGUCACUAGCAGGCCCAGGCAGAGAUCCACCGAGGCCAUUUGUGAAGGCAACCCUCCAGGAAUCUCUUCAGCUUCACAGACCCGACUUCAUCUCCCGCUCUGGGGAGCGAAUAAAGCGUCUGAAGUUAAUAGUCCAGGAGAGGAAGCUACAGAACAUGUUACAGAGUGAGCGGGAGGCACUGUUCAACACUGUGAGAGAAUGGCAGGGCUGCCGGGAGCCCACGUGCUGGCUCCUGAAGAGAGGCUUCCUGGAUGCCCAAAAGAACAGGCCUAUUGGAAAGAAGGAAAUGAUUCAAAGGUCUAAACGGAUUUAUGAGCAGCUUCCAGAAGUGCAGAGAAAGAAAGAAGAGGAGAAGAGAAGAUUGGAAUAUAAGUCAUACCGGCUACGAGCUCAACUAUUCAAGAAGAAAGUGACCAAUCAGCUCUUGGGGAGAAAAGUUCCCUGGAACUGACAUAAGAAUAUUUUCCUCAGAGCGUUGGAAUUCUAUUUUAUCAACCUGGAGAAGCACAGUCCUUACUUUUAUGAGUCUGGUUUAAUAAAACUUAACUCUUUUUCCAUGUGUAAUUUAGAAGUAGUAGCAGUGGUAACUAGGAUUAUGGAUGGUUUGGGAGCAAUAUGUUGUCCACAGCGGCCUUGCCCACAGGGUGUUUGUCACAUGGUAUCAUUUCUGAAUUCUAGCCACGAGUGAGUCCCCUUUUGUAUGUUUUUAUACUUUUAGAAAAUAAAUAACUUCUGAUUGAGUCAUA